AUGGCGUUAGGAGUUUUCGGUCAACAGCAAAAAUUAUAUCGUGCAGCAAUAAACUCAUCAACUACUAUUCAACCUAUUUCAACACUUCCAUUACUGCCAUUUUUACCUCAACAAUCUUCUGAUUUUCGUCCACCUCCUAUGGAAAUUGUUGAUUUAUGUGAACGACAACGAGCAACUAUUACUUGCGGUCUUUCAUUCUAUAAUUAUGAUUUAUUUACGCAAAAUUUAUUAUAUUCUGAUUCAUGGAAUUUAUUCUGUAAACGGAAAGAUGAAGAAAUAAGAUCUAUUGGAUGUAAAAUCGAAGGAUGUCCUUUGUUCGCCGAAAGUUGUCCAGUUGAUCCGAAUAUUAUUGCAUUCGUUGCCAAUUCCAAUGUACAUAUCGACUAUAAUGGGAAAAUAAUAUAUUCAACGAAAUCAAAUAAUGGAGUAAUAAAUGGAGUACCAUCAUUCAUUUCUCAAGAAGAAUUUGAUAGAUUCACUGCAAUUUGGUGGAGUCCGGGACCUGAAAAAAUGUUACUUUAUGAAAAAGUUGAUGAAAAACUUGUUACUGAAUUACAGUUUACUUGUCCUGGACAUAUGCCAUCACCUAUUAUGCGAUAUCCAUUGGCUGGCAUGGCCAACGCGAAAUCAUCACUACGAUUAAUUGUUAUUAGUGCGACAGAGGUUUUCGAUAAUGAGUUGAAAGUUGAUCUCAAAAGUAGGUUUCCUUGGUAUGAAUACUUAGCCCGAGUGGGUUGGACAGCCGAUGGUAGCGCAGUUUGGGCAAUUUUAAUGAGUCGUCUACAAGAACGUUAUGAAUUAAUACUUAUACCAAAAGAUUUAUUUACCGAAGCCAGUUCCGGCAAUUUGAAGGAUAUUAUUUCGCUAAUUCACGAAGAAACCAACAUUUGGUUCAAUGUGCAUAAUUUGACUCAUUUUUUGCAUCCAGUGGAUGGUGCUAUUACAUUUCUGCAUUCAUCAAGUCUCACGGACCAUACACAUUUGUCUUUAUAUAAAGCCAAGAUUUUUGAAGCUAUAACUCAUUAUUCUUUCGAUGGUUGUGUAUCUUUUGAUGAAAUGAAGGUGACACGGGGUGAUUGGUCAAUUAUUAAGAAUGUCGCUCUGCAUGUGGAUACCAAAAGACAUCAUGUAUAUUUUCUCGCUAAUAAACAUCAUGUAGCCGACACAAAUGUAAGUGAACGUGUUGACGAUAGUCAUUGGUUAAAUCCAGAAAUAGGAUUCGUUUGUUGGGAGAGUUCACUGAAAAUGCCACCUCGUUGCUCAUUUUAUCGUAUUUUGCAAAGCUAUGAUAAAUGUCUUCCAUCGGCAGUAUUACAACACGUGCUGGAAAUCGCUGGAGAAUUGCCUCGUGAACCUCCUUCUUCACUUAUAGCAUCUCAACAAUUUCCGGAGUUAAUUGAAUUUGACUCUCGAAACUCUGGUAAGAAACAUUAUGCACUGCUAUUGCGUCCAUCAAAUAUUGCAUUGGGAACGCGAUACCCUGUGAUACAAUUUGUCUAUGGCGGACCUGGUAUUCAGCUCGUCCGAAAUAUAUGGGCUGUCUGGUCAGAAUUAAUAAAAUUUACAAGUUUGGGAUAUGCUGUAGUGAUGGUAGAUGGUCGCGGUUCUGCUAAUCGUGGAAUAUCGUUCGAAGCCCAUUUAAAAUAUAAACUGGGAACAGUGGAAAUCGAUGAUCAAAUAGAAGGUUUAAAUGAGGUUGCUAAACGAGCCAAGGGAUUAUUGGAUUUAAAUCGAGUUGCUAUUAAAGGGUGGUCGUAUGGUGGUUAUCUAGCACUCUUAUCCAUUGCUAAAUAUCCUCACAUUUACAGAGCUUGUGUUGCUGGUGCAGCUGUAGCAUGCUGGGAUUUAUAUGAUACGGCCUAUACUGAGCGAUAUUUAGGGUUGCCUUCUUUUAUUUAUGAGGAAGCAUCAGUACUCAGUUAUAUCAAUCAACUUCCAGAUGAAGAAAAUCGAUUAUUGCUUAUUCACGGACUUUUAGACGAAAAUGUUCAUUUUUCUCAUACGCAACGCUUAAUCGAAGCAUUAAUUGCUGCUGGAAAACCAUAUAAUUUACAGAUUUUUCCAUCAGAACAUCACGGUAUACGAUCUUCAAAUGCUAAUGAUUUCUGCGAUGCAACGGUCCUGCAAUUUUUACGAAAAGCUUUAUCCUCAUAG